UUUGAACUCUACCGAAGAAGAAGAUGCAGAUUAGGAUACUAUAUAAAGCUGCCGACAACUUGUCUCCAUCAGUUCAUUUCGUUUUCGUCGCUGAUUAGUUCUAGCAAGUUUUCGGAGGUAUCACACCGCAACUCAACUGUUUCAUCAUGAAGUUCUUGAUCGCUCUGGCUUUGCUCGCUGUUGCCGUUUCGGCCCGCCCGGAUGUGGCAGUGAAGACUCAGGAAUUGGACAUCACCCCCGAAGGUUCGUUCAAGUAUAACUACGAACUGGAUGACGGAACUGCGGCUAACGCUGAAGGCGAUGCCAACAAUGUCAGCGGGUCCUACAAGUACAAAACCCCGGAAGGAGAAAACGUAGAAAUCAAUUACGUCGCCGAUGCCUUCGGAUACCAACCACAAGGCACUCAUGUUCCUGCACAGCUGGCCAAAAUCUUUAGCUACAUCCGCUCCACGUACAAGGCGUAAUAAAAUGUUGAAUUGAGAUCAAAACCAAAUCUUGUUUCGUUCCCCG